GCAGCCUCCGUGCGCUGGUCAAACACCUCAAAUAGAGAGAAGAGAUCGACCACAGUCCACCCAAGUGAUCGCAGGAGGAGAGAUGGGCUACUUUCCGGACUUUUCCAUCGAAACCUGGACCUUGUUGGCGUUUGUCAUCGCUCUCAUAGCAGUAUAUGGAUACGCUCCAUAUGGCUUUUUCAAGAAAAUAGGCAUCCCCGGACCCACACCUUUGCCUUUCAUCGGGACAUUUUUGGAGUACAGAAGGGGCAUCCACAAUUUUGACACAGAAUGCUUUCAGAAAUAUGGUAGGCUGUGGGGAGUGUACGAUGGCAGACAGCCUCUCCUGGGGGUGAUGGACACAGAUAUGAUCAAAACAAUCUUGGUUAAGGAGUGUUAUUCUGUCUUCACCAACAGACGGGAUCUAGGCCUAAAUGGACCCCUCCGUGAUGCUGUAUCGAUAACAGAAGACGAGCAAUGGAAGAGGAUUCGCAGUGUACUCUCUCCGUCAUUCACCAGUGGCCGACUGAAAGAGAUGUACACAAUAAUGAUGAAGCACUCGAGUAACCUCAUCCAGAGUCUUCACAAGAAAGUAGAGUCGGAUGAAGUCAUAGAGGUUAAAGAAGUAUUUGGACCUUACAGUAUGGAUGUUGUGACCAGCACUGCUUUCAGCGUGGACAUCGAUUCCAUCAAUCAUCCCUCGGAUCCUUUUGUCACAAACAUAAAGAGAAUGGUCAAGUUCAACUUCCUGAACCCUUUACUUGUACUUGUUGUUCUGUUUCCAUUCUUGAAACCACUUUUUGAUAAGACUGAUGUGUCACUUUUCCCUGCUGAUGUGAUGGAUUUCUUUUACAAGUUUCUACAGAUGAUCAAAUCAGACCGGAACAAGAACGACCACAAAAAUCGAGUGGACUUCAUGCAGUUGAUGGUGGACUCUCAGGUUUCAGAAAACAACAAAGUUGAUAACAGUUCCCAAAAAGGGCUCUCUGAUCAUGAGAUCCUUUCUCAGGCCAUGUUUUUUAUCUUUGCUGGCUAUGAAACCAGCAGCAGCUCACUUUGCUUUUUAGCCUACAACCUGGCAACCCACCCUGAUACCCAAAAGACCUUGCAAAGGGAGAUUGAUGAAACCUUCCCAGACAAGGGUCGUCCAACCUAUGAAGCCCUGAUGCAGAUGGAAUACCUGGACAUGGUGGUGAACGAGUCACAGAGGCUGUAUCCGAUUGCUAAUCGACUCGAGAGAAUGACAAAGGCUUCUGUUGAAGUGAACGGUGUGAUAAUCCCCAAGGGGACUGUCGUCAUGAUACCAGUUUACACUCUCCACCGGGACCCUGCUUUGUGGCCUGAGCCUGAGGCCUUCAAACCUGAAAGGUUCAGCAAAGAGAACAAAGAUAACAUGGACCCUUAUGCGUAUCUACCCUUUGGAGCCGGGCCUAGGAACUGUAUUGGCAUGCGAUUUGCUCUCUUGUCGAUGAAGCUGGCCCUAGUGGAGAUCCUUCAGAACUUCAGCUUUGUCACCUGCAAAGAGACACAGAUUCCAUUGGAGCUGGCAAAUGAUGGCUUAACCUCACCUAAGGACCCCAUCAUACUGAACCUGGAGCCCAGAGGGAGUGCUGCAAAUUCUCCUUCAAUCUAAUUCUGAAUAUCUGGCAAUAACCUGGCAAAUCUCACCUUAACCUGCUGCUGACCUACAAUCAAGUCACCAGUUUUUUUUCUUCCUAAAGUGCCUCUUCUAGAAAAUAAUGAAUAUUUGUUUUCUUCCGUAGUAAUGUUAUAUGUAUUUCAAGUGCAGUAACAAAGCACUCAUGUUAAGACGAUUAUAGAGCAUAAUUCAAAAUGUAGUACUAGACAAGUUGGAGCGUAUAUAUAUACCUCAACAGUUAAGGCUCCAUUUAUAGAAUUUAAGUCUUUUUCAAACCAAGAUCAUUUUACCAGACUUGCAUAUUUUCAGAGAGCAUUUCAAUGACAAUAUUUUCUCUGCAUUGUCUCUGCAAUUGAAUACUGCUGACAAUCACAACAACAAAAUCUGGUUCGACUUCAUUAUUUUUGUUGUUUUGAUUUACUGACAUGGUUUCUGUUGUUUCCCAUUGUAUUUUAACAGACAAUACAAUGUGCUUUGAUCUUUUUUGAUAUCUUAAAAAUUUACAAACAAUGCUUUGUGACCAGUUCUCUUCUCAUCACCUUUGUGGGACAGAAUUAAAUUGCAAUACUUAAUGAUAAUUACUGUUUUCUUGACCUUUGUAAUCCCCUUAAGUAAAGUUAUUUUAUAAUGGGAUCAAAUAUUUUAUAGUGAACUCAGCACUAAACGGUUCAAUGUAAAGGUUUUAGUGGCAUCUAGCAGUGAAGUAGUGUAUUGCAACAAACCAAAUACCCCUUUCCUCACACUACGGUGGCCUUCAGGAAAUGUAAAACUGCGAAAUGCCCUUUCUCGUGCGUGUGUUUGGUUUGUCCAUUCUGGACUACUGUGGAAACACUGUGUUUCAAUAUUUAGUUUCAGAUGAUUUGACUAAUGAAAAUUUAAUCACGAAUUAUUAAUAUUUACUCACUGCUCCUUUAAGACUGACAUUUGAUAAAAUAAAUACUGUAUAUAUAUCA